AAUUUCUUCCACAAAUGAAAGACACUUAUCGUGUCUUAGACGCCGAUGUUAUCAUCAUAGGCGCUGGCAUUUCAGGCCUAGUCGCCGCCUAUGCAUUACUCCAAAAAGAACCCACUUUAAGUCUCCUUAUUUUGGAAGCCACAGACAGAAUCGGGGGUCGAGCCAUUUCAAAGCCCCUAAUUGUCAAAAACGAUGAGUAUCACAUGUAUGACAUUGGGGGGCACUGGAUCAGUGCCCAACAAAAAGGACUUAUCGAUUUUUUAGCCGAAUUCGGCAUGAACAUUGAGUUUAGUUCGAACCAAAAGGGAAAAGUUAUUCUCGACUAUGAUGGGAAAAUUUUGAAACAGACCAAACAAAACCCACUUGCGUUUCUCAGUAUUGGGGCCCAACUAGAACUCGCACGUUUUGUGUCAAAAAUUGAAAAAUUAUGCAAGAAAAUGAGACUCGACCCGGUUUUGGCCUCCACAAAUAUGGAAAAAUUCAUCAGUGUUAAUGUCAAAAAUAAAUGUGUGGAAGCGCUAAUCGAUUCGAUUAUCCUCAAAAACUUUGGCCUAAAAUCAGCCGAUUUGACUGUGGGUUUUUACAUAUUUUUCUGCACUUCGAGUCACGGAAUCGCAAACCAGUUGGCCCUUUUCCACGAUGGAUUGCACGAAUUUUGGAUCAAGGAUGGGGCUCACGAAAUUUGCAAUAAAAUCACGUUUUUGCUCAAUUUGGACCCAAUUCUCAAAGCUCGAGUUGGGCAAAUUAAAACAACUGGGUGUCACAAUAAAGUGACUACGACUCGUGGCAGUUUCUAUAGCAGUUAUGUAAUUAUGGCAAUUCCGCCCUCCGAAAUGAGAAAAAUUCGAUUUUUGCCACCGCUGUCUGGGCACAAAUUGGAGGCCCUGAGUGGAGUAUCAGAUGGGAGAUUGGCCCAAUUUGUGGUUACUUACACUCUGCCCUUUUGGGCGAAUUUGGGCUAUACGGGGGAUGUGCACGUUUUAAAUGGGCACUGCUCGGAAAAGCCCAUUAUUUGUUGUUUUGAUAUUAGUACAAAGGACAAAGCUGCCCUAAUGGGCUACAUUUUGCGGUGUGAGGGAGACCCAAAAGUUGCGAUUUUGAAACAGUUGGCUUUUUAUUUCGGAAAUGAGGCUUUGAAGCCGCUUCAGCUCACGGUGGAACAGUGGAAAAGUGGUAGUCCGAUGUGUUGUUUUAAAUCGUUUGGGAAAAUGUCCUCAGUUCAAGAAAGCACAGAGAGGAUAUUUUGGGCCGGCGCUGAGACUUCCACAGAAUGGUAUGGGUCCAUUUGUGGUGCUAUUAUGGCGGGAAAUAGGGCCGCUAGAGAGGUGAUUUACGACCUUCGGCCAGCUUCGCUAACAGUUGAUGAUAUGAGAUUUUUUCAGGUUGAUAUUUCUGCAAUAAAGGUUCGGAAUAGAAUGUUCAACAGUUAUUACAAGAAGUUAUUAAAUCCUUACAACCAGAUAUCAGCCGUUUUGUUGCUAAUUUUGCUAAUGUUUGUGUGGCACAAACGAAAUUUGAAAAAUGUUUCAAUAAAAAAAUUACUUUUAUAAUUUGUGAGUUUAAAAAUAUUG